AUGCUCUAUGUUUUAAAAGAAUAACUAUUAAGAGAUUUAAAUAUAGAGGUUUUGAAAUCAGAUAAAAUAAAAUCAUUUGGAUUGGAUUAAGUUAUACGAAUUUUUUCUUAAGAUUAGUCUUGCUUUAAGAUUAGAAAUGAAAUACUUGAUUAUGAUAAAAUUAUGGAAGACAAAAAGUUAUUAGAAUUUCAUUUGGUAGAUUUUACGUAAAAAUUAUCAAACUCAUUAUAAAUUCCAAUUGAUUAAAUAGAAAUUUUAGGAGUAUCAAAGGGAAGUUUUGAAAUUAAUUUUUUAAUUAAAGGAAAAACUUAUGAUGAAAUUUAAUAAUUAAUAUAAAACAUUCCAGCUGCAUAGAUAUAUUUACAUAAAUAUUGUAAUGGGAAAAUAGAAUAUUUAACAUACUUUGAUUACGCAAGAGAUACUGGAGAAUAAUUAGCAAAAAGUUCUGGAAUAAUUCUUUCUUCUGAUGAUUUUAAUCCAAAAUACAAUAUGAAGUGGAGUAAUUUUAAAGAAAAAGAAUAAAGAGGACCUCCUGAUCACAGAUAUGAUUAUUAUUUUCCAAGAGGUUGUUAUGGAUUUGGAUUAGAUAUUAAAAAAUAUGGAGAAAAUUAAGAUUGGAUAUAAAUGGAUGGAAACCCUAAUGAAUGGAGAAUCAUGUAUCAUGGUACAAUCCAAAAUUUUGUCAAUUCUAUUGUUAAAAAUAAUUUAAUGCCUGGUUUGAAUAAUUUAUAUGCUAAUGACGAUUGUUAAGAUGAAUUUGGAAACAUGAUAAAAGUAGGAAAUGGAAUUUAUUUUUCAAAUGAUUUUAAUGUUUGCACUAGAGAUAAAUAUGCAAGUUACACUUAAGUUCUGGAUAAAUAGUUUGCGGUAAUAUUUAUGACAAGAGUAAAUCCAAAAAAAAUUAGAUAAAGUUAGAAAAUGAAGUUAAAGAAUUAUUUUGUUGUUAAUGAGUCAAAAGAUGUGAGACCAUAUAGAAUUUUACUCCAUGAAAAAAAAAAAGGGAUUUAUAAUUAUCUUUCUUUUUUAUUUUUCAAAUGA